AUGGGAUGCAUUACAUCUAAAUUAAGUGAAAAAUCUGAUUCUAUCAAAUCACAAAGCUCGCAAAUGGAAUUUCAAUACAUUGACGGUAGAAGAUAUCCUAAUGCACAAGAUAUUGUAUAUCCUCUACCAAAUGAUGAAGAAGAAUCAGAUAGAUUACACUUGCAACAUUUUUUGGCAAGAUAUAUCUGGAAUAGCAACUUUUCUGCUCCCGUUCGUGGUCAUUUGAUAUGGCAACUACGUGAAUAUCCAUUGAUUGAAGUUGUUGAAUUAGAUGUAUCACCAUACCAAACGAAACAGAUAAAACCUAAAAAUUUUACUUUCGUUAAAGCAAAUGCUACAGAAGGAUUACCGUUCGAUGAUAACACUUUUGAUUUUAUAUUUCAACGAUAUUUGACUGCUGCAGUUCCAAAAGAAAAAUGGCCAUAUUUAAUAAACGAAUUAGUCAGAGUUUUAAAGCCAGGUGGAUUCUUAGAGUUAAGCGAAUUUUCUAGCUUAUUUGAUACUGGGCCUGUUAAUCAACGUCUAUGGUAUACAGCCGUAAGAGUACUGGAGGAAAAAGGUGUAGAUUUUAGUACAUAUCAAAAGUUAGAAGAAUAUGCACAAAACCAAGGUCAAUUAGAAAAUAUCAAAAAAGAAGAUAAGCUAUACUGUCAUGGGUUAAAAUCAAAUGAUAUUAAACUUAGUAAAGUGGCCAUCAAUAAUACGAUGACUUUGUAUACUUCUCUUAAACAAGUAUUAACUAAACCGUUAAAUGUUUCUGAAGAUGAAUAUGAUGAAUUGGUUAAAGCUUCAAAGGAUGAACUAUUUGAGUUUGAUACUUAUUAUCAUUUAGUUCGUGUUUAUGCAAGAAAAAUCAAUAACAUUUGA